AUGUCUUCCUCGAUCCCCGCCGUCCAUCCAGGAAGAGUCCGGGUCCUCAAACCCAGCGUGGAUGCGAAACCCCCGGGCCAGGGCCCGGUUGUGUACUGGAUGUUCAGGGACCAGCGGCUGAGGGACAACUGGGCUCUCAUCCACGCCGUUCAUCAGGCCAACCAAAGGGAGGUGCUCGUCGCCAUAGCCUUCAAUUUGUUCCAUCAAUUUAAGGGCGCGAAAGCUCGGCAUCUAGGGUUUAUGCUGAGGGGGCUCAAGAAAUUGCACUCCGAUCUUCACUCCACUCUCAAAAUCCCCUUUUUCUUGUUCCAGGGUGAGGCUGUGGACACUAUUCCAAAUUUCCUGAAAGAAUGUGGGGCUUCACUUUUGGUGACAGAUUUCUCACCAUUGCGUGAGGUUCGGCAGUGGAAAGAUGAGAUCUGCAAGAGGGUGAGCGGGUCUGUAUCAAUUGAAGAAGUCGAUGCACACAAUGUGGUUCCUGUUUGGGUUGCGUCGGACAAAUUGGAAUAUGGUGCCAGGACUAUAAGGAACAAAAUAAACAAGAAGUUUCCAGAGUAUUUGGUCGAUUUUCCAGAGCUAGGAUUUCAGAAGCAAAAAUGGCCAACCUCCAUUAAUUCUAUUGAUUGGGAUAACCUCAUCUCAAGUGUUGUAAGGCAGGGAGCAGAAAUUCCUGAACUCGAAUGGUGUGAGCCAGGUGAACGUGCUGGAUUGGAAGUACUAAUGGGGGAUAAAAAUGGGUUCUUGAAAUCAAGACUGAAAAAUUAUCCCACAGAUAGAAAUAAUCCUAUGAAACUUAAAGCUCUGUCCGGGCUUUCUCCGUAUUUGCACUUUGGGCAGAUAUCGGCACAGAGAUGUGCCCUCGAGGCACAAAAAGUUCGAAAACAAAAUACGCAGGCAGUUGAUGUUUUUCUGGAGGAAUUGGUUGUACGAAGAGAACUUGCUGAUAACUUCUGCUUCUAUCAGCCACAUUAUGAUUCUCUACAAGGUGCUUGGGAGUGGGCUCGCAAGACAUUAAUGGACCAUGCAGCUGAUAAACGUGAACAUUUAUACACCCGAGAGCAAUUGGAGAAAGCUCAAACUGCUGAUCAGUUAUGGAAUGCUUCACAGCUAGAACUGGUUUACUAUGGAAAGAUGCAUGGUUUUAUGAGGCAUCUUAACUCCAAUCCUAUAUUUCAAUUACUCUCGUACAAUUUCAGGAUGUACUGGGCAAAGAAGAUUCUUGAAUGGACUACUGGGCCCGAGGAAGCUCUUGCAACAUCAAUAUACUUGAAUGAUAAGUAUCAUAUAGACGGCAGGGAUCCAAAUGGUUACGUCGGAUGCAUGUGGUCAAUAUGUGGAGUACAUGACCAGGGCUGGAAAGAGAGACCAAUUUUCGGAAAAAUACGAUACAUGAAUUAUGCCGGUUGCAAGAGAAAAUUCGAUGUGGAUGGCUACAUUACUUAUGUUAAGAGAAUGGUGGUCCUCGACGGCGUGGCCGCCGAUGGCGAAUGCGUGAUUCUUGAGGCACUCUCGGCAGCGGGGCUUCCUUGGCGGCGGCGGCGACGGGGCUCCAAUGAGCAUGGCGUUUUGAGCGGGUAG